AUGCCGAAGAAAAAGGGAGGCUCCGGGAGCUUGGGCUCGUCUCUAAUCCGCCAUAGAUUCAACCGCGGCUCGGAGUUUCAGCACGCCGACGAGGGCCAACGCCACGUCAUCGCCGCGGCGGAAGCGGCGGCGAAACCGGCGCUGGUGUCGGUGGUGGAUCAGAGUGACCUGGAGGAGCUGCUGACGACUGCUGAGCUGGCAGGGCGGGAGUUCGCCGCCCAGAGAGGCAACGCCGAGAUAAUCUACCUAGAUGGUCAUGAUUUGGGGGCGGCAGGUGGGAAAGGCGGCAGCAUCAGCGAGCGCAGGGAGCAGGAGGAACUUCAUCGGAAGCUUCUUACCAUCCCAAGACGGCCCAAGUGGAGCGCGAGCAUGACGUCAGCAGAGUUGGACGCUAGUGAGAAGGCGGCUUUCCUGGAAUGGAGGCGAUCUCUCUCCGCGGUGGAGGAGAACAACCACCUGGUGGUAACCCCAUUCGAGAAGAACCUUGACAUCUGGCGACAGCUGUGGCGAGUGCUGGAGAGAAGCCACCUGGUGAGUGGUUACCCAGUUACUGACAGUCGGGACCCGCUCUUCUACCGCUGCUCUGACUUAGAAGCCUACGUCCAAGAGCUGGGCGCAGCACCCUCUCACAUUCCUCAUAUCCUUGACAUCCAUUGUAACCCCUUGUCUUUCCAGGUGGUAACCGUGGUGGACAGCCGGGACCCGCUCUUCUACCGCUGCUCUGACCUUGAAGCGUACGUGCACGAGCUGGCCGCAGGGCCCAAACACAGUACCGAGAGCAGCAGCAGCAGCAACAGCAGCAACUCGAAAGACGAGAGCAAUAAGGACUUGGCAGACGGGAGCAACAGGGACGUGGCAGAUGGGAGCAGCAGCAGCAGCAGCAGCAGCAGCAGCAGAAGGGCCAGAGAGGAGGGUUCGCCGAGCCGCACGCUGCUGCUGCUGAAUAAGGCCGAUCUGCUGCCUGCUGCUGUGCGGCGGCUGUGGGCUGAGUGGCUGAAAGGGCAGGGCGUUGAGUUUGCCUUCUGGUCCGCCAAGGCUGCUACUGAGGGGGAGGAGGAGGGAGAGGAGGAGGAGGAUGAGGAGGGAGAGGAAGGGGAGGAGGAUGAGAGUGAGGGUGAGUGGGAGGAAGCGGAGGAUGGGGAGGAGGAUGAGGAAGAGGAUGAGGAGGAGGAAAGUGGGGAAGUAGUCAAGGCUGCUGGGUGUCAAGCACUUGGUGUCGUGAUGGGAAUGGCGGGAGUGGGGUGUGGUGAUGGUGGGUGGGCAGUGGUGGUGGUGAUGGCGGUGGUGAGGGGAGUGUGCUGCCAGGAGUCAAGCACUUGGUGCGGUGAUAAUGGUAGGGUGCGGUGGUGGUGGGUGGGCAGUGGUGGUGGUGCUCGCAGGGGGCAGUGA